GAGAAGGGACAUGGCCACACUUUCGUCAGUUUUCAAACGUCAACUUGUCAAACAGAAGUGGAAAUGGCUGAUGCGGACGAUUUGGUGGAAUUGCUGUUUUUCGAUACAUUUUCGCAUGAAAUACACGAGGACAUCAAUCUAGAUCUAGUUCAGUUUCCGAAACCAGUUUACAUAACGGAAAUCCGAAUUAUUCCGCUUGGCGCUCGUGUUCAAGCUGACUUUCCAGGAGGUGUUCGUUUAGGGGCAACCAAUCCCUCAAAAUUUGGAAUACAAUUUUUCGUGAAUGAUCUGAGUAAGCCUGGGGCAUCAACAUUCGAAAUUCUUGGAAAUUUGGAGUACAAUCAAAACGAUUGUAUCCAUCUCGAAUGUCACAAUGACAAAAUUCCAACAGAUGGAUUGGUUUUACGGGGGUGGUACACAACUAUCACAUUGGCUGUGUAUGGUACACUCACAAACAACAUAGCCGAACAAAUAGACAGCCCCCCUCCGCCGGUUGAAGUGGUUCCUGAAGAAGUCAACACUGCACCUGUAGAAAUCCCCGUCGCCGAGCCUGUUAUUGUUGAGCCACAACCAGAUUUGAACGAGGAUAUCAUUCCGCAGCCAACUCCAGAGAUAUUUGAGCGUGAAGUAUUUCAGGAACCGCAAUUUGAAAGAACCUUCGAACAACCGGCAUACCCCGACGAGGCAUACUACCAAACUUCCAGUCAAGAUGGUAUUCGAGAGCAUGAGUCUAAGAGAGUUGCACGCCGCAAAUCGCGAUCGUCGGAACGUUCUAAUUCACGACACCGUACAUAUUCUCGGUCUGAUAGUAACGAUCGUGAAUACUCAAGCAGUAGCCGACAAAAAAGGGAAUGGUCACGAAGUCCUGAAUACAGACAUUCAAGACGGAUGCGUCGUGAUCGCUCUCGGGACGUUCCCGAGCAUUCAGACCGCGAUCACAAAUGGCCGCGAACACCUCCAUCUCAACAUAUUGGCUCACCACGGCGUCCUCGAUCGCCCGAAGCAAUGGAGCAUUUCUCUGAUAUUGGCGACGAUUCGGACUAUAAAUAUCGACAGAAAAGCAAAACAGGAACUCAACAAGUUCGACAAAUGGAAGAUGAACCUCCUGAGGUUGCUCAAACUGCAGUGGAAGCACCCGAAGAGAUUCAAGAGUUAACACCUAUAGACGAGGACACGCUCUCUCAAGGUGAGCAGUUUGAACCCAUUUUAAGUGAUGACGAAAUUCUUGGCGAUGAUGACAAUAACAACGAAGAACCAGACAAUGAAGAGAUGGAAAUCGAAGAAGACUUCGACGAAAUCGCAAAAGUGUAUGACCCCUUCAAGAUUCCUCUCAGCAAGUUCGAGCAUGAUUUAUAUCCAAGCUGUUCCCGAGAUAUUGAACUCAUCGAUAAGCUGCUUACGAAGUACGAACUGCAAACUAAAAUCUCGUCAUUUGAUGAUUUUUUUAAAUCUACGAAUGACGAAAAGGAGAACUUUGUUUACAUUUCGGAACAAUUGCUAACGCAUCUCACUCAAGUGAAUUUGUCAUCAUACUCUCGACGAAAUUUCAUAUUCAAAUCGGCUUUCCAUAAGCGCGAGGACCGCUUGAAAUUGGCAGCAAAUGUUCUGAGGGUAGCUCUGAAUUUUGACUGUGCUUGCGAUCAGCCACAACCAGGAUUCAAAGUUCGCCAUAUUAAGAUUGGAGCUCGACUUGCCGAGUGUUUGGGCGCAUCGGAAGAUUUUACAACACAUUAUAUUCAGGCUGAAUCCUGUGAUCCAUUCGAUGACCUUUUCAAGCUUUACGAACAGCAGUACAUGGCUCUGUCCAUCAAAUUGUUGAUAUUGAGAGCGAUUUAUGCGAAUCUUGACACAAAGCUUGGUAUUACGACAUUUUUGAAUAACAAAGUUAACGGCUAUCAGCGGGUUCUGGUUUUGCUACAAAGCAAUCCUCUUACCCGUGCCAAGUUCGCUUUGAGGUCAAUUGUAAAGAAAAUUCAUUUAUUCGAGGCGUUGGAGACUAUCCAUGAGGUAGUGACUAAGCAAUUCGUCUUAGCGAAAAGCGAUUCUGAUAAUUCCUUCGAACUGCUUGAGUGCAGUAUGAAGGAAGUAAAAUGUGCUCUGUCAUCGGAAGCGAUGAACUAUCAACAACCAAAGCGGUUCCUUCCUGUUUCCGAGAAGUUUGAAGUCUGCAAGGAUCAAAACUCAAUUGAAAAUUGGUCGCAUAUGCUACGUUCAUAUUUCAAAAUAAACGCUUUGUCCGAAUCGCUUUUAUUGAUCCUAAGCAAUCAAAGUUUUAUGCCACCGACAUUGGUUGACACGGCUCUGGAGCUGGUGCAGUUGUUGGCACGUUCGGCGGUAGGAAUCGACUACCUUGUUGAGGAUUGCUUCGAGUCAACGCAACUUCUCGUCAAAUGUUUGUUGAAUAUCGAGAACUACCCUUCCGAGGAGACUGGUGAGGACAAGAAAAGCGAUGAGGAGGCGGAAAUUGGCGAAAAAGAAAAGUCAAAGGACGUCCCUCGAGAGAUGGAUGCAGUGCAAAAACUAGGCGUGGAGGUUUCGUAUCGGAUCCAAACACACUACCACAUGGCAGCGGUAGCAAAUACCAAGGAUAACGUAGACGUGCUAAUGGAGCAUUUGCAUGCGCUUUACAGUCAAACAUGCUAUAAUCCUGGGCGCACUUUUACUGUCGAUGCAUUAACCUCAAUCAACAAUAACAUAAAGCCUCUGUUGCAUUUGAUCGAAAAAGAGCGCAAGUGCCAGGCGCAAAGGAAUCCAGAUUCGCCAGCGCUCAAAUACAAAUCUCCUGUGCUGAGCUACUCCGUCGAUUUAAUUGACUGCUGUGUUCGAUAUGCCACCGACGUCGGGUUUCUAAAAGAACACGAACGCACGUUAGUAGACCUGGUUAAAAACCACGAAGUCUUUGAGUCAUCAGUGUCAGCAGUUCUACAGGAAAUGGCGGUGUUCUUAAAACCGCUGGAAGCAGGAAAUGGUUUCGCAUACGACGAUAUCACGUCACUUUGUGAGACUAUCAAACGGGGCUUAGAAUACAUAACAACAUUCCCCGGGGACUUGAUAAUGGCGUUAAGAAUUUUAAAGUAUCUGGGCAUUGCCGAUGAUAAUAUCGACUAUGACAAGCAGACGAAAGAGUUAAAGCACCGCUACGUGAUUUUGCAGUUCUACUCAGCGGACGGCGUGAUCACUAUUUUGAAUAUUUUAGAGAAACUGAACACAUAUUUCGAGCAACCAGGACUACAUUCAGCCACUUUAAUGACCACCCAAGCAGUCCAGGCCUGCCAAAUCUUGUUACCAGCAUUGCAAGUGUUGCGAGAGAUGUUGACGUUUGUAAUUCAAUGCCGAGAUGUGCAGUACAAGGAUGUGACGGCUGUAGAACACCUCAUGAAGACGUAUGCCCUUAUGCACUACUACCCUGAAAUGAGCCAAGCUUUCGAAGAUGCCCAGGCCAUUAAAGCUGAAAUUAUCAAAAUAUUACUUUCUUACACACAACCGAACCCACAAGAUCAGGAAUCUGUUCAUAAAAGCCUGUGGACCCAAAUGAUCCGCGAAGUAAUCAAGUUCAUUUUACUCACCCCUUCUACGUUUGUCCCCGGUUUGCAGGUGUUCGCUGAGCUAUUACCACUGCCACUACCGGUCCAGACUCUCCACCCGCCGUCGGAAAUGGAGAAGGUGGCCGCGAGGUUUGUGACCGAAAGGAAAUUAUGGUCUGCCCAUUUGCAUCCACAGAGUGCACUUAUCACAGAAAUGAUUCAGACGAUCUGCCCAACAUCAUUCCCACAAUUGAUUGACCUAUUGACCCGAGUCUGUUUACAAUUGGCUGACCUAGCUCCAAAUAUGACCCUACUCGUCACGAAAACCGUAACCGACUUAAUUUUAAAUGAAACCGCUUCCGUUGGCACUUCCGGACUGGCGAGGCUUUUGAAAUUUCUAGCUCAGCUGACCGCCUAUGCAUCUGUGAAGAUUUCGAAUCUAUCCAUAUUGCCUGGGCGAUUGAAUGAUUAUUUUAAUCAGAUAUUAACGAAUCCAGAUAAAUCCGAACAACACGUGCAAUGUCAGCUGCAUGUAUAUCGAAUUUACGAGAACUUUUUUGAUUCGGAAAUUUCAAUGAUUGCACCGAAUACGACGGGAAAUGCUGAAUUGAAUUUGGCAUGCGUAUUACCAUCGCGGGAGCUCAUUCCUGGAAUUAUUAAUGCGAUUCUGGUGAAUCUCUUCAAUGCUGACUUGAUAAGUGAAGUGGCGAUCGCAGCUUGUCGGAAUUUGAUCAUUUUAACGGAGCAUGACAUAACCUUUUAUCACCUCAAAGCUGCUCUCGAAGCCAAAAAGCAACGAUUCCAAGAAUGGCUGAAGAAAAUAGUCGACACCGAAGAGGGUAAUAUUCAUCGAGGCCUCCUGGGCACAGUUGUCCUCUUUAUUCGAGCACAAAUGGCCAUCGACGAAUCCGGUCCCGAUUCACUAGUUCCCAACCGAACCCUCAAACUGACCGUCAACGAACUCGCUUCGAUCAUCAACUGGACCACUGAACAUGCAACUGCACAUCCCUUAAACAAACUCAAGGAACUGUUCAGCAAAAACGGAGAAGAAAAUCCGAAUAAUCCAUAUCUACAAGAUCUUAAUAUUAUUCUCUCAAUUUUGGAGAAAUUUGAACCAAGUGAAUCCGACAAGAAAGUCGACAUUCCGGAACCAGCACUGCCUCAAGCCGAAGGUAUCAUCACACAAUAUUUAUCACGUCCAAUUUUCACCCCGUACGAACCCACUGACGAAGAUCAGUUGAUAGCAGAUUUCUGGUUAGAGCCUAUCCGCUUGGACAGUCUGCCAGACAAUAUUAUCUCCCAAGCUGAACGCAUUCCAUGCGAUUUAAAUGAAGUGGUGAAGAGUUGUCUUCCACCGGAGACAAAUUUAACGUCAGAUUGCAAACGAGUUCUGCAUCUAUCGGCCUCCCCGCAAUCGAACCGCGAAAGAACUACGACAGCUCCGUGCUUCCGCACACGGCGGGUCGAAGUUGAACCAUCUACAGGUCGACCUGAAAAGAAAAUCUUCGUAACUCCUAUGCGAGGUCGUGGUUUUGCACGAACCCCACCAUCGAGAGGUGAUCUGUUCCGUUCGCGGCCACCUAACACAUCACGUCCCCCGUCCUUGCACGUGGACGACUUCUUAGCGCUGGAAACAUGCGGAGCGCAACCCACAGGCCCUACCGGGUAUAACAAGAUAUCGCGUGAAAUCAUCAACAUACGCGGUAGUCGCGUUGGACGGAAUCGCGGCAGUCGUUUACCCUCAAUAUCAACUAGCAGCUCAUACAGAACCGGAUCGCCGAAUACUUGGUCCCAUGAAUCUUCAGUGGCGCCUCCGCAGCAUUUUCGAACAGCUACAUCAGAACCUGUCGUUUCCUCGCAUUUUGCGAGCGAUCAACAUUAUUCGCAACAACAUUUCGGAGGAGCACCUAUUAGAUCGCGAGGUCGAGGUCGGCCAAGGACAUUUAUUCGAUAGAUUUUAUCAGUAGGAACUAAAUAGAAAGGUUUGCAUGGAUUUCUAUUGUAAUGAAUAUAGUUUAAGAAUUUAUUAUUUAACGCUCAACUAAAUAAAAUUACUUAUGAAAAUA